CACCAUCUCCUCCUGCUCAUCCUCCUCGACGUCAACAUGCCUGACAGCCAUACGCGCGCCGACCUCCCCAAAGCAGUCCUCUACUCCUGGCCAGUAAGCGUCUGGUGUUCAGUCCCGAGGCUCGCACUAGUAGAGAAAGGUUACGGCUCAGAGGAGAUAAUCAUCAAGGCCGUCGACAUCUCCAAAGGAGACCAGUUUAGCACCGCCUUCCUCAGGCUUAACCCCCAUGGGACGGUGCCUACGCUUGUUGUACCGCUCGAGCGCAGCCUGGGGCCGGAUGAGGAGAGCCAGUUCCGGGCAUUGAGGGACUCGGUCACUAUUACAGACUUUAUCGACUCCUCCCGCUCUCCGCUCAGCAAGACGAACACUACUUCCUCCGCCCCUGCGCCCUCCCUGUCCCCAGCGACGAUCGAGGGGUCCAACAUCAGCAAAGCGAUCAUCUCCCUGCUGCACGACUCGAAGGGCGCGGACCCGAACUUCCUCAAGCGUUCCGCUCGUACCCCCGCCGAGCUCCAGGCUGGCAAAGCCGUCAACACUGCCCUUUUCGCUAAUCGCCAGGAAGCGAUCGAGGCCUCCCUCUCCGAGCAGCCCGAGGGGGUGACCAGCAAGCUCCGCACUUUCCUCGAAGGGAGGAGCGAGUCGAACAAGGUCUCGCUCGAUAUCUGGUCCAAGGGGGCCGAGAGCGUGCACGCGAAGGAGUUCAUGGAGAGUAGUAAAACGCUCUGGGAGGUCACUCUACCCGACACGUUCAAGAAACUCGACGAGCUCAUCAUUGGCCCCUUCUGUCUGGGUGAUCAGCUGAGCGUCGCUGACCUGCAUCUUGCUGCCUGGCUGGCGCGUGCGGUCAGCGUCUGCGGAGGGACGGCGAAAGCAGAAGAUGUGGAAAAAGUGGAAGAGAAGAUCGGUUUGCAGGAAUUCAAGAUUGGCCAAAAGGUGAAGAUGUUCUGGGCGGCGAUGAUCGUCCGUCCUAGCUUUAAGGCUGUCUAUCCUGGCGGAGUUCUGCAUUGAUCACUGAGUAGGAACGAAUAAAAAUAAAUGUAC